AGGGAGGAGGCUUCGUGAGGCAGAAAAAAAGGACUUUACAUUAACGAGGACGGCGGGCUGAGAUCUCUGAGUGAUGAUGGCUCCCCCAACCAUCAGAACGGCGAUAAAGAACUGUCUGAAGGACCUGACCGCGGGGGAAUUGGAGGAGUUCAAGGAUGCGCUGAUAGCUGAGAAGGGGGUCCCAACCAGCAGUGUGGAGGGAAAAAACUUCCUGGAUGUCACACGGGUUAUAGACACAACCUUUAGUGACGAAGCUCUCAAAGUGGUUAUUGAGCUGCUGAAUGAUAUUGGCUGCAAGAAAAAAGCAGACGCCCUCGUUGCAGAGACGAAGGAACUGACCUCAAAAGCUGGUUCCAGUAAAUCUGGAACAGACAGUGUGACUCCCAAGGCAGACGGAGAGCACUUUGUGGAUAGGUACAGAGAAGACCUGAUCCAGAGGGUGAAUACCAUUCCACAAAUCUUGGAUCAGCUCCUCACCAAGAAAGUCAUCGACCAGGAGACUUAUGAUAAAAUCAGAGUUAUGGAACCCCCUCAGGAGCAGAUGAGGGAGAUCUACAAGUCCCUGAAUGUUGCUCGAGCCUGCAAAGACAUCUUCUACGAAAUCCUUGAGGAAAAGCAGAAACGGCUCAUUGAUGACCUCAAGAAAAAUGAAGAUACUGAACCAGAUACCGACAUACAGACGGAGGAAGAGAAAAAGACACCAGCGGCAGGACCCUCAACUGUAGCACCUGGUGUAGAUACCAAGUCAGACAGUAGGUGUACAGGUGAACACUUUGUGGAUAAACAUCAGUCUGAGCUGAUCAAGAGAGUAAGCGAUGUUGAACCCAUUUUGGAUGAGCUCCUCUGCCGAAAUGUCAUCCAGCAAGAGAGUUAUGAUGAAAUCAAGACUCUGCCCACUGCUGAGGAGAAGAUGAGGGAGCUCAUCAGUGGGCCACUGAAAUCCAGUGGAGUUCUAGGAAAAGAUAUCUUCUAUGAAAUCCUGAUUGAAAAUCAGCCACUACUGAUACAAGACCUCAAGAGCAUGGAUGCUGAAGUAGAAACAAUGUCAACUUUGGUGUCAUUUGACUCAGCUGGUAGAGAGGACAGGACUGAUCUGGUGCAGAGACUGACAGACACUGAAGAGAAACACCGGCCUUCACUGAUCCAGAGAGUGGAAACGAUGGAGUCUGUUGUCGAGCAGCUUUUGGAAACGCUGAAAUAUUUGAGUGAUGCAGAGCUUAAGAAGUUUCAGGAUAUACUGGCUCCACUUUCCUUCCACGAACGGUACGGAUCCUUACUGUCGUUCCGGGCAGCAGCAGAGAGAAACCCACUGAUAAUGCUUGGAACAACAGAUAUGAAGACCAUAGUGCUUUGUAUGAUGCAGGCCUACAGCCAACAAACUGUGGAGAAGACCAAGGAGGUUCUAAAUGAGAUGGAGAGGACUGACCUGGUGCAGCAGUUGUCAGACAGCAGCUUUAGACCCAAACAAAAUUUCUCCAUGGAUAGACACAUGUCUGCACUGAUCCACAAAGCUGCGACGAUGGGGGCUGUUAAAGAGCUGCUUUUGGAAACACUCAAUGAUCUGAGUUAUGAGGAGCAGAAGAACUUUACGUGGUUUCUGCAGUUCACAUUCUUCAAGAGGAGCCUUCCACUGAUUCUCGGUAAAACAAUUUGGUGGGGACAAGAAGACUGGGUGAAAGUUAUGGUCGAGACAUGCGGUGAAGAGUCUUUGGAGGUGAUCAAGCAGGUUUUCAAAGACAUGAACAGGAUUGAUCUGGUGCAAAGGCUGUCAGAGUCCAGCUCACCACCCAAAGGAUCAUCAGCUGAAGUGUUUGGUGUGAAUACCACAGAAGGAGAGAAACAAUCUUUGGAUGAACACUGGCCUGCACUGAUCAGUAAAGUGGAAAUGAUGGAGUCUGUCACAGAGCUGCUUUUGAAAACACUGAAAUAUUUGAGUGACACAGAGCUAAAGGAGUUCAUUAAGGUCCUGCGUGAAACUGACUUCCACAGAAAUUUAGAUAUCCCAUGGAGUCUUGUGGGGAGAGACAGACAGCAAGCAGUGUUUACAUUAAUGCUGUCCCAUGGCCGACAAUCUGUGGAGAUGAUCAAGGAUAUUUUAGAGAAGAUGAAGAGGACUGAUCUGGUGCAGAGGUUGUCGGACAAUAAAGACAAAAUGAAACACUCUGCAGAAGAACAUCGCUCUGCACUGAUCCACAAAGUUGCAACAAUAGCAGCUGUAAAGGAGCUGCUUUUGGGAACCCUGAAUGAUUUGAGUGAUGAGGAGCUCAAGAAUUUCAAGAAAUUUCUGCAGUUGACUGUCUUCCAGAAGGACCUACCAGAUAUUUUAUGGAUGUUGAAAUACAGAGCAGACAGAGCAGAUAUAGUGAAUCAGAUGGUUCAGACCUACGGCCAACAGUCUGUGGAGUUAACCAGGGAGGUUUUCAUGGACAUGAACAGGACUGAUCUGCUUCAGAGGUUGUCAAAGCCCAGCUCAGGACUCAAAGAGAAACAUCGGCCUGCAGCAUCUGAGAGAGCAGCAACAAAGGCAGCUGUUAAAAAGAUUCUCUUAAAAACACUUGAUAAUUUCAGUCACAAGGAGCGCAUGAAAUUUAAGUGGUUGCUGCAGUUCACACACUUUGAGAAGAGCCUCCCUCAAUUCUCAUGGCGCAGAGUGGACUGGAAGGACAGGACAGACCGACUGGUGGAUCAGUUGGUGGAGGCCUGUGGCCAGCAGUCUGUGGAGGUGACCAAGGAGGUUCUCAUGGACAUGAACAGGACCGAUCUGGUGAAAAGGUUGUCAGAGGCCAGCUCAGGGCUCAAAGGGCCUUCAAGGAGACUGGAGCACGAGGGUUGUGGAAGCACUUUGCAGGACUCCAGUGACUGGACUAAACUUGAACCUGAAGUGAACAGUACAGAUGCAGAUGAGGCUCCAACUUACAGCCUUCAGUCUGAGGCAGGAAACUUUGAAUGCAGUGUCUCUGGUUUGCGCUGGGUCUGUAAGGAGAAGGUCAGUUUUAAGUACCAGUUUUGCUCUUGGGAGGAACCUAUGGAGAGGAUGAAGAGCAUGAAAUACAUGCUUGCAGGUCCCCUUAUUGACAUUACAGUCAAUGCUGGGAAGCUGGAUGAAGUGUUCCUGCCACACUGGAUCUGCAUAGAUGACAACCCUGAAAUUAGAGACAAGUUUGCAGUCCUACACAUCGAUGACUGUGGAGAUGUUGUGGAAAAAGUGGCUGAGGUCACAUCGUCACAUGUCAAGUUAUCAGAACCAGUUUUUUCUCCAAGAGCGGUCCUGAUGAAAGUCGGUGUUCCAGUGAGAAUAAACUGUAACGUUUUGAUUUACAAGACCGACACGGCAUUCCUGACGCUCCAUGUUUAUCUGAUCCCGUGUGAUCCUGGACUACAACAGGAACUGAACAGGAGACAGUUUUCAUCUGGAUACAGAGCGAUCCAAAAGCCACAUCCAGAGAAGUCUCUGAAAAUGCGUGAUCGCUUCAUCCUCACAGCAGAUUUGGAUGGUGCAAAAAUUUAUCCUGAGAACUUGAAGCUCAGAUAUGAAAGCAGAUUCCCAAAUUUCUUCGAAGUCUACAUUAAAAAGCCAGACACAGACUUCACGCUCAGCCUCGCACAGAAAAACGAGCGUCAGUCUGUAUGGACCCGUGAAAUCAGAAAAGAUGAAUACCAAAGCACCGGCCAUAAACAAGUGGAGCACUUUGUGGAUAAACACCAGUGUGAUCUGAUCGCAAGAGUGUCCAAUACAGGACCAAUCUUGGAUAAUCUCCUCAGGGAAGGUGUAAUCCAACAAGAAGACUAUGAUACCAUCGGGACUAUCCCGACCACUCAGGAGAGGAUGAGGAAACUCUUCAGCGGCCCCCUGAAAGCUGGAGGUCAAGCAGCCAAAGACGUCUUCUUCAGAAUCCUUGAGGAGAAGGAGUCAUAUCUGGUCGCUGACCUCAAAAGGAAGGAGACAUAAAUACUGUGACAGGAGGUUAAAUCAGGAGAACAUGAACCUCUGAGCCUGGCAUCUUCACACAUCAACAGAACAAUCAUUUAACAGCCUGUUAUGUAUGAAAGUAAUCAUCCUGGUGCUGUAUCCAUCUGGUCUGUUCUGUAUUUGUUCUUAAGCUUGACUUUCUUCAUCCUGUGAUGAUGUACAAUGAAUGUAAAGGUGUUCAAACAUUUUAUUAAGAUUGUUUUGGGGUUUUGUGGGCCAGAUAGUAAAUCAGAUAUCAUGUGACAAAAUGACCUGAGGUUAAAUAAAACAUUUUACCUCAA